AUGGCUCACGUCAAUGGCAAUGCUCCCAAAAUCACGCUCUAUACAAACCAUCGCUGCCCUUAUGCUCACAGAGCUCACAUUGUUCUGAAAGAACUGGGUCUGCCGUAUGAGGAAGUUAUAAUCGAUCUGGAUAAUCCGAGAGAGCCUUGGUAUCUGGAAAUAAACCCUCGAGGUCUUGUUCCUACCAUCAAUUUCAAUGGCGAGAUCGUCACCGAGUCAGCUAUUGUCUCAACAUUCCUGGCUGACGCCUAUCCCUCACAUCUCUUCCCUGCAUCAGGAUCUCCAGAAGCUGCCUUGACCCGUGCUAGAAUCGGUUUCUUUGUCGAUACCUGGAGUACCAAAGCUAGCAGCUAUUGGUUCAAAAUCUUGAUUCAGGAUUCUGAAGAGGAAAAGGCAAAGCUGAGCCAGGAAUUUAUUGAAACCGUGAGCAAAGAAGUGGAGCCUCUUCUGAAAGACGCAAAGCCAUUCUUCGGCGGGAGUGAGAAACUCACACUGGCAGAGGCACUGGUAGCGCCUUUCAUUGCCCGGAUAUAUGCCUACUCAAGACGCGGUGUACUCCCCAAGUCCAUUGCAGCAGACUUGGAUGCACUUCCCAACUUUUCCAAGUGGGCUGCAGCAGUACUAAAACAAGAGAGUGUAACAUAUGUUUUUGAUGAGGAAUCAAUCAUCUCGACCACCGUCAAGAGACUGGACAAGAUGAAAGAUAAGUUCAAGGCAGCAUCGAAGUGA